UUUCACUGUGGGAAUUCGCAUCGUAAGGUCCAAACAGCCCGAACAUCAGCAGAGAUGACCGUAGUUCGUCUUCGGCAGUAAGGGGAGGACAAUCAGUGUCCUUUUUAUGUAAACUUUGCGUCUGGUGUUUUCUCAGGUUGUCUGAGGAGCGGAACAGACUCUGUUCACCGUUGGGACCGAAGCGGAAGUUGUUGAACCUAAACACACGGAGCGGUCUAGCCCGUUCACGGACUACUGUGGGCUGCGUGGAUACUGCAUACCCCAAGAGUUAGUGUCAAUAAGCCAAAAGGCACUUCAGUACACAGGUGCCAUGAGCAGUGAGCUGAACGUGCCCAUGGGCUCCCCAGCCCCGGGCGUCUCAGAGCGGACCACUGAUGGGGGGGGUAUGGACUACAGGGACUGGGUCCGGCGUAGCUACCUGGAGCUGGUGAGCUCCAACCACCACUCAGUCCAGGCCUUGUCCUGGAGGAAGCUGUAUCUGAGCCGGGCCAAGCUCAAGGCGUCCAGUCGGACCUCUGCUCUGCUCUCAGGCUUUGCUAUGGUGGCAAUGGUGGAGGUGCAGCUGGAGAUGCAGUACAGUUACCCUCGGGUGCUGCUCAUCGCCUUCAGUGUGUGCACCACUGUGCUGGUGGCCGUACACCUGUUUGCUCUGCUCAUCAGUACCUGCAUCCUGCCCAACGUCGAAGCCGUCAGCAACAUCCACAACCUCAACUCAGUCAGCGAGUCUCCACACGAGCGCAUGCACUACUACAUCGAGCUGGCCUGGGGCUUCUCCACUGCUCUGGGCAUCCUGCUCUUCUUAGCUGAGGUGGUGCUUCUGUGCUGGAUCAAAUUCUUGCCUGUGGACUCCAAAAAGCCACUGUCCACAGCGUCACCCCCAGUGGAGCAGCAGUACAGCGGCUGGCAGGCGGCGCUGGCCUCCACUAUCAUUAUGGUCCCAGUGGGUGUCAUCUUCGUUGUGUUCACCAUUCAUUUCUACCGCUCACUGGUGCGUCACAAGACGGAGCGCCACCACCAGGAGAUUGAGGAACUGCACAAGAUUAAAGUGCAGCUGGAUGGCCAAGAGAGAGGUCUGCAGACUGUGUGAGAGCAGGCGGUGGCUUUAAGGACCACUUUAUCAAAACCUCACUCUGACAUGUGUCUGUGUGUGGGUUUGGAUUCACAGUGAGUGUCCAGAACCUCGCUGUGUCAUUAUUUAUUCUUCUUCUAAGGUCACACUGUGGACUGUGCAGUAACCUCGUCUGUCAGAUGCCUUACAAAGGACCAUGUUUGACAGACUGACAGGAAAAGGGCUAUGUUUGUGCCACUCUUAUGUUUUAUUUGUGCCGCUGGGUUCUGAUCACUACGUCCAGUUUUGGAUGUGGUUCCAGGUCAAAAUGUUCGGAUUAGGGAGGCACUGCUUGUGAAAUUCUUCUGCUGUUAAUAGCAACCAUUUGUUUUGUUUCUGCAUAUUUGGAUUCUGUUAUUUAUUUCCACUUUUGUGCCAGAGAAACACAGAAAUCUUCAUUACAGAGUUCAACUGAGGGUGGAUUUGGAAAGUUUAAUUACAAUCACUGUAGUAUGGAUCAGGAAAAAGCCAAAUGAUUAGUCAAUAUUUAUCUAACCCUCGCAGUCUGUGUGGGGACAGUGUUUUUUUUUUUUUUUUUCUUUAAAGGUUGCCGUUGUGAUAUUUACCCUACUUGUAUCCAAAAACCCAUUGAUCUCCCCUUUGUUUCUACUGUGUUUAACAGUAGGUGUGUUUCUUUCUUUUGGUCACAGCCUUCUUGAAUAAUAUCAGCAGAUCCCACAUGUUGGAAUGGGAAUCUGCUCUUUUUUGGAAAAGUCUGACUUCAGAACAUCCAAACAAGAUUAUGCUGUUUACUUGAUACCAAAUUCAGAAUACUGUCAUCUUCUGAAUAACUAUUUGUGUGCAUGUAAAUGUACUCACUGAGUUUGAAUGGGCACAAAUUCAAUCAAAUGUUUGAACCACUUUACUGUUAGUCAGAUAAACACUGCCAUCAGUCAAUGUUGUCUCCUCUGCCAAUAGGCUGAUCACAGUCGAGUGUCAGCCUCUACCUGUGUGUGUGUGUGUGUGUGUGUGUGUGUGUGUAUCAGUGUAUCCCUACUUCAAACAAGACGUCUGUUAUAUGUGCUUGUUCUCUUAUGAGCAAACAUGGGGUGGGCUUCCAUCCAAAUAUGCAGUAAAUAUUGAUCCAGUUUUCAGUUUCUGCCCGUUAGGGUUAUGUAUAUAUUAUGAGUUGGUUCGAAGUUGUCAUCAUCAUCAGUAACAUGACCUGAGCUACUGAUUCAGGAUCUGAUGGGCAGAAACUGGUUUUAGGUUGUGCCUCCUGACUUUCUGUUAAGUAGGAUGAAAUCUAAUUUCCACGCUCUAUAUGCAAAUGAACAAGCUCAUGUAACAGCCUGGAUUGUAGCACAAUCAAUCAUUUCCUGCAGAUAUUGAGGAUGCAGAUCAGGUCAUCAGGUUGAACAGACUGACAUUUAAUGUGUCUAUUAAAAUACAUCACACAUAAAGAAACCAGAAUUAAUGAAAAGUUGUUCUGCUGCCUUUUCUGUUUUAGUAGUUAACAAAAUAGGAAAAAAAAAAAAUUAAUAAUGAAGCUCACUGUGUAAAUCAGGGGUCUCAAACAUGCGGCCUGGGGGCCAAA